AGAGACUUUCGUUGUCGUUGAACAGUGCUCAUAGCUCACCCAAUACUAGUGAUCAUAUGGAAGAUGAUGCUCCGGCAGGUCUUCGUGCAAUGGUCGUGGAUGACAAUACUGCAUGUCUUUUUAUAACUUCCAUUAUGCUUCAAAAGUUCAAUUACGAAGUGACUGGUGUUCGAGGAGGAAGGGAGGCUUUAAAAUUGCUCAAAGAGAAGCCCCGUCAUUUCGAUCUUGUCAUAAGUGAUCUUCAUAUGCCAGAAAUGAAUGGAAUUCAAUUACUCCGCCGCAUAAAGCGGAAAUACGCUACCGUGCCCGUGCUCCUGAUGUCUGGAGAUAUAAAGGCCGAAAUGGUGACAAGAGCACUAGAGAACGGUGCUGGUUAUUAUCUGUACAAGCCUGUGACUUGUUCUGACUUUGAGAAACUAUGGCAGCAUGUUAUUAAAAGCAAGGUAGACCCUAAGGGGUGCGAAAAAGAUAUGGAAAGUUUUUGUCAAGAUUCACCAAGAGAAAAACAGAAGAGUACUAGUAGGGUUCCUGUGUCAUCAUCAUCUGAUUAUAAUGAAGGAAAUUCCAGAACUGAAGUAUCAAGGAAGAGGAAUGAACCUUCAAGAGAACAACCAGGGGAUGGUAAAAGAACUCGCGCGCGGUCUGCUGCUCCAAAGAAGCGAAGGGUUAUCUGGACUGCUGAAUUACACAAUCACUUCCUUGAUGCCAUUGAAAAAUUAGGCGUAGACAAGGGUGUGCCAAAGAGAAUACUCGAGUAUAUGAGAAUCCCUGGCUUAACCAGAGAAAAUGUAGCGAGCCAUCUACAGAAAUACAGGAUAUUUGUGAAAAAGCUUGUAGAAAACAACCGAUAUAUCGAGCCAAGUACUGUCAAGUCCUUAGCCAGUAGAGCAUUUCACUCUAACUUUGCUACGGAUGAGCCUGCGCCGAUGAAUUUACCACAAAACUUUUCUCAAAGAACACCCAAAUACUCAUUUGGGUCAUUCCAAUCGGGAUCAGGAGAUGGCAACUUUAAGGGUCUCAACACUCAAACCCACAGUUCACAUCUUAGUGCUUCUAUGGUCGUUGCAGGAUUUCAACUUGGUCAAUCAUCGAUCACUCCGAUGAACAACAACAACAAAGGCUUAAUGGCAUCGACACAACAACCGAGGUCUACAACUAGUGUUGCUGCUGGAAAUGCGUCGUCAUUUAAUCAUCAAAACAUUGUUGACAUUGCUAAUGGAAACCAGAAUACCACCACAAUUAGGCCAUCUCGAUCGAUUCUAAACAUGUCAAUGGGAGGCGGAAGAAGUGGUAGGGGCACCAUGCAACUAGUUCAUCAGCAAAAUUUAAUGAGGUGGAGAAACAAUGGCCAAAGUGCUGGACUACUUAAUACCAGCACUGGCACUAUCUACGAAAGAGGUAACUUUCAGAGGCAGAAUAAUAAUGCAUAUGUGGCAAAUAUGGGAACAACUUCAACCAUCGAUUCAUCAUUCGUUGGUAAUUCAGCCCAACCCUCUACCCUCAAUUCAACCAACUUUACAGGAAUUCAGAUUAUCAAUGACAACACCAACUCUCGUGGAACACUACAUAUUGGUCCUAUGGUUAGUACACCCUCAAAUGACAACAACGUAGACAACAUGGACUAUAGCUUCACUAACAUGCCAACAUCAUUAGUAACGGAAGUACCUGGUCUGGUUCAUGAAUCCCCCGCCAUUCAAUCAUCUUAUUCUGUAAUUGAAGAACCAAACUCAGACCCUGAUUACCUGAACAGCGAACCAUCCUCAGUUGCACCAGUGGAAGUUUCUAAUCCGACCCCUCAACCACCUUGCAUGAAUACUAAUGGUUUUACUGUUCCUCAAGAUGAAGCUUCUUUCAGAGGUGGCAUAAUUCCGAAUGCAAAUCAUCAAUCCAUUUCCCCACAAGAAGAAACUCAAGUACCAACUGUACCGGUGGCACCAGCACCAUUGGUACAAGAGGCGCAACAACCGGAGCAGGCUGGGACAGACGAAGAAGAUCCAUUUGAAGGAUUAUAUGAUCUACUAAGGAACGAUUCUAACAUUGGGAGCUCACUUCCUCCUUUAAUGGACAAUGAGGAUUUUGCACAUUACUUCCAGGAUUUCGAGCAAUCUAAUAUUCAUCAGGGAGAAAUAUAUGGUGGGAAGGAUUUUCUCAACCCCGACUUCGAUACAAGUGCGUGUGAAGUGACUAAUGGUGGAAAUGACGGGAUAUCCCAGUUGUAAUUGGUUCAGAUAUCCAUGGAGGUCGAUGGCACCAGAAGUCAUAUGUUUGUAUCAAUGAUGGAUCCCGCUGUGCAUUCAGCCAUGGAGAAGCUUUCUAGCUAUAUUGAGACAUCUUAAUAAUCUGCUAUCACGGUGGAUUUCAUUCAAGAUUAUAAUCUUAGUGGUUAUUUCCUGAACCUAUUUGUGUUUGUUAUCUUAAUUUGAACUAUUUUAUUUACAUAAUAAGCUCUAAAAAAUAAGGGUGAUACUAUUUGAGUUAUCAAAACUCCAGCCAUAUUAUGUGGCUACCAUAAAAACCAUAUCCAAUAAAAAUGGAACAAAAUUCCCAUUUU